UUGGAAUCGCGUGUGCAGCAAAUAAAUUUUUUUAAGGAAUAUAAAAAACAUCUGGAUCCUUCCGAUCCUGAUUAUAAAGAUACGGAGGCUGCACUUGAACUAGUGCUCGAUGCAGCAACUCAUGCGAACGAAAUGAUGCGAAAAUUGGACCGGUACAAGAACGUGCUGGAAGUCCAGGAGCAAUUGGGGAACGCUGUAGCAUUGGUGUCGCCGGGGCGAGAACUUAUUAAGAGGGGCAAACUGAUGAAGGUGUGUUGUGACACACUACUUAGUUUCACCUAUAAUUUACAAGAACUGUUUGCCCAACCUGACAUGUAUGCACCCUAA